UUUCAAAACGCAAGAUUUUUGCGUUUUGGCCCAAAAACUUUGUUCCAUGACGUGUCAGACCAUCCUUCCACAAUAUUUGGUCAACAUCGUUGGGCAAAAGUUAAAAAUACGGUUUCAGGCUAAUAAGAUUGUUUAAUUCAAUUAUUCAACUACCAUUGCUUUCAUCAGUAAUCUUUCAAAUCCUUCUUUCUCAAAAAAAAGUAAUCUUUCAAUUCUUGGAAAUUUUGCUCUCUCUCUCUCUCUCUUUCCAUUUCCUUCAUACUCAAAGGUUACUUUCUUUUUAAUUGAUCACUCAAAUUUGCUCUCCUUCUUCUUUAAAUUUCCUACCGAUCUGGGUAUUUGCUCAUUCGUUUUAAUUGUUUCAAUUGGAGGGGCAAUCUUUGUUUUAAUUGUUCAGCUCAGGAUAAAAGCAUGAGCUGUCUUGUAGAAUAAAUGAUUCUGAAGUUGAAUUUUAUAUAAUUCCUCUCAUUGCAAUACAGUGCAGGGGCAUCCGUCAUGCCUUAUUUAGUGGAAGGAUCGGUCUCACUUCUCACUUUUAAAGGUGUAAAAUUUUUUAGCAGAUAAGGCUUCAUAGAUAAUCUGCUUCUUGGUCUAAAUAUGGAUUCCAGUCUCAAAGGAAUAGCUGUUGUGAUUAUGGGUGUCAGUGGUGCUGGAAAAUCCACCAUAGGUGAGAUGCUGGCAAAAGUUACUAAUUGCAGCUUUCUUGAUGCCGAUGAUUAUCAUCCACUUUCAAAUAAAGAAAAGAUGCACAAAGGGAUCCCUCUUUCAGAUGAAGAUCGGAUUCCAUGGCUUGAAACACUACGUGAUGCCUUACAAGAGAGCUUAGCUAAUGGAAAAAUUGUGAUUCUUGGGUGUUCUGCUCUCAAGAAGCAAUACAGAAAUAUUCUCAGAUCUGCAGACCCAAAUUAUGAACUAGGACGCUGUGCCAGUGAAGUAAAGUUUGUUUUAUUGGAUGCUAAGGCAGAGGUGCUUGCUGCUCGUUUAGAGAACAGAGCUGCAGAAGGAAAGCAUUUCAUGCCGGCUAAGCUUUUGCAAUCUCAGUUAGACUCGCUUCAGAUUGAUGAAUCUGAAGGAAUAUUUAAAGUAGAUGCUACUCUAAAUCCACAGACCAUUGUAAGUACCAUAUACACCUGGAUUUUUUCGUCAAAAGUAGCUCAGGACAGUAAGAAUUUGUAACCAGUUUAUUCAGCAAUUAAAUUGGUGCUUCAGCUA